AUGAAGGGUAAAAGUAUUGUAAUUAUGAAGGCAGAUAAAGGUGCAUCUUGUGUCAUUAUGGAUAAAAUCGUAAAUAAAUUAAAAGUAACGGAAUUAUUAUCCACUGGUGGAUCAUUUGUUAAGAUUCCUGAAAAAGAUGAAAAAGGUAAAUCUAAUACGAUAGAAAACGUAGUUAAAAAGAUGGAAAACAGCCUAAAUUAUAAAUUAAAUGAAUUGAAGAAAAAUAAAAAACUAUCGCAAGAUGAUUAUGAUUUUAUUAAAUGUACUGGAUCAAGAUGUUCUGUAUUAUUUUGCAAUCCAAAAGUACACAAAAAAGACAUGCCAUUAAGACCAAUAAUUUCGACAACCAAUAGCUACAACUAUAAAUUAGCAAAAUAUUUAACAACAUUAGUUGAAAAUGCACGAUCGAAGCCAAAAUCACAUGUAAAAGAUUCAUUCUCCUUUGCAAAAGUUAUGCAACAACAAAAACCAAAUAAAUGCGAAAACCUCGGAUUUAAAUCCGAGUGUUAUGUGUACUUCAAAAAGUGAAAAGGUAUAUUCGCUGUGUUUUUUAUCACUAAAUUGCAAGGAGAAAAUACAGACGUCCUAAGUUAGCAUGGACCAUACUGUAUGCGACCCUAUCCGGCGACCAUUGACUCUACUUUCACAGUGAUAUUAUAUCUUUAGAAAUCACAGGAAUUGGGUGUGGGUGUGGGUGUGGGUGGGGGUGGGUGGGGGGAUGUG